AUUAUCCAAGGCCGCUGAUGCAAUAGCAUUUAUGUACAUUAUGUGUUUUGUACUUCAAUAUAAGUACACCAGUUUCAUUGAUCAUUCGGUACAUAACCUUCCGACUCGAUCAUUCAUACACCAGGAUAAGGAUUUACGCCAUAAUAACUCGGAGGAAUUUCGAUUCGGUCCCACAAAUAACAAACAGCCAUGAAGACCUGCGCACUAAUAACAUCAGUCGUCAAGGAAAACGCUUUGUUGGUCCUCACGCUGGUUGGCGUGUCACUUGGUAUUGGACUGGGAUUCGCGGUCAGGGAGACAAACCCGUCUGACACCACCCUGAUGUGGUUAGGUCUGCCUGGACACCUGUAUUUGCGUCUGUUGAAGAUGAUGAUUGUUCCGUUGAUUGUUGCAAGCGUUAUUUCAGGUACAGCGUCUCUGGAGCCACGUGCUAACGGUAAAAUCAGCGUGGUUGCAUUCACUUUCGUGUUUCUAACGAACUUACUGGGUGCUGUCCUCGGAGUUUUGGCUUUCCUUGCGUUUAAACCUGGUAACAAAAGUGGCCAAGUUCUCAACCAGGCUGUCAGUAUAAGCCACACAAUUAAUACCCCAGACAUAUUUGCAGACUUGCUAAGGAAUAUUAUACCAGACAAUUUGUUUGAGGCGACAUUUCGACAGACGCAAACCUCAUAUGUAGAAACAACCACGGUGAACCUUACCAGCAACAUGACAAACACACAAUUGGUGAAGGAAGUAGGAAAAAGCGACGGACCAAACCUGCUGGGUUUGAUUUUCGCCUGCACUCUGCUGGGCAUAGCAGCAGCGUCAUUGAAGAGCAAAGGGAAACCACUUAUCGACUUCUUUGAGGCCGCAACUCAGACAAUUAUUGCCAUUAUAAGAUGGUUUCUAUGGACAACUCCCAUUGGUGUCCUCAGCCUCAUUUUAGUUGCUGUUGCGGGUUUAUCAGACGUUGCCGUCAUUUUUAGCGACCUUGGCAUAUUUAUAGCAGCAGUGACCGUUGCCUUGGUGAUACAACAGUUGGUUGUUAUGCCGCUAGUGUUAUUCGGAUUGACGCGGCGAAAUCCGUAUGGGCACAUGAUGGGUAUUUCAAGGCCGUGGCUGAUAGCUUUUGCAUCCGCAAGCACGGCGGUGGCGAUUCCGGAAAUGCUGUACGCAUGUGAGGUGAAGCUUUCUACGGACAAACGGAUAGCCCGCUUCGUGAUCCCUUUUAGCGUCACUGUGAGCGCUAACGGAAGUGCAGUAUUCAUUGCAUGCUCUUGCCUAUUUAUUGCAAACUUCUCAGGAAAUUUCCCCUCUCUUGAUAUAAUUUUCACGACGGGCAUUCUUUCGACGGUGGCAUCCCUUGCAAUUCCGUCGGUUCCCAGCUCGUCUAUUGUUACCAUAGUGAUGAUUCUUACGUCGCUCAAUAUUCCCGUGGAAGCUGUAGCACUUCUGUUGGCAGUUGAGUUUUUCUUAGACCGUUUGCGUUCCACAAGCAGUGUUGUUAGUCACACCAUGUGUGCAGUUGUAACUCAACACAUGUGCAAAAGCAGUUUGACACCGCUUGAUGAAGACAUCAUCGUGGAUGACGUCGAACUACAAGUGUUACCGGAAGAAAGGAAAUUUCUUUCUCGAGACAAUACUUGCACAUGACAUUCUAUGUAUACUGUUUCACAAGGAUUCUGAUAGUCGUAAUUGAACUGAUUGCCCCAAAAAUGUUUAAAGUAACCACGUUGUUAACAGAAUCGUUCGGUAUUAACUUGAAAACGGUAAAUUUAUUGAUAUGCGCUCAUAUAUUUAAAUAUAAACAAGGACAGUUUGUCUCAAAUCGUGUUAGAAGUACCAAAGACCACAAGUGUAUCCAUUUAAGUGGCAGAGCAGACGAGGCAAACGAUGACAUUAACAACGUUGUUGAUAUCAUAACCAAAAUAUGAGCAAUCGAACCAAUGUGUGCGUCAUAACUAUUGUUGAAGCAUGCCAUUUUCCAUACCUUAUCAGUGAAAACAGCGAUGUGAACUUCAAAUAAAUGUCAACCUUCAUAUUUAAUACAUUAUAUUUGCUUUUAAAACAUU